CUGUCACAGCCAGUGCCACCCACCAGUGCCCAUCAGUGCCAUCCAUCAGUGCCCAGAAGUGUGGCCAGUCAGUGCCACCCAUCAGUGCUGCCUCAUCAGUGCCACCUAUCAGUGCUGCCUAUCAGUGCCCAAUAUUGUUGCAUAUUAGUUCCCUCUAUCAGUGCCCAUCAUUGUUGCAUAUCAGUGCAGCAUCAUCAGUGCCACCUAUCAGUGCCUCCUAUCAGUGCUGCCCACCAGUGCUGCCUAUCCAUGCCACCUCAUCAGUGCUGCCUAUCAGUGCUGCCUAUCAGUGCAGCCUCAUCAACGCACAUCAGUGAAGGAGAAAAAUGACCUGUUUGCAAAAUGUUAUAAUAGAAAAAAGAAAAACUUUUUUUUUUCAAACGUUUUUUUGCUGAAUUUUUUUUGUUUAUAG